AUGAACAAUCCUCGGAUAAUGAGCCGGCUGGUCCGAAGGCCGGUCUCGACUAGCAAGAAGACUACCGAGCGCAGGUCCUCUGUGCGGCUGUGCCGUGCUCCCCGCCAUAGCCAUAGCCCGGUACAAGACAAGAAGGACGACGACCAUAGCCGAAGAGGCGUUGUGUGGUGGACUUCGCCAAUCAAAUCCCAACCCGGGAUCACCAGCCACAAGGCGCGCUAUCCACUCUCGUUUCCCGCCCAAAAGAACGCCAUGGCUGCCGCCGUCAGCUCCUCCUCCACGCUGCUCCCGGCGAGAACCAUCUCGAGCGCCCGCCCUGUCCCAUGGACAGCUGCGCAGUGCCUCCCGACAAGGGUAGCAGGGAGCAGACUGGCGCCCUGUUCUCUCCGCGUCUCCGCCGGGAGAACGCGGCGAGCAGAGGCAGCUCGUGCGUCUGCGGCGGGCGCGGGCGGAGCGCCGGCUGCAGCCCUGCCGGCGGCGCUGCUCUUCGACUGCGACGGCGUGCUCGUGGACACCGAGAAGGACGGCCACCGCAUUUCCUUCAACGAGACAUUCGCCGAGAGGGAAUUAGGUGUGAGCUGGGAUGUUGAACUGUACGGAGAGUUGCUCAAGAUAGGUGGUGGGAAGGAAAGGAUGACAGCAUAUUUCAACAAGACAGAGUGGCCAACUAAAGCGCCAAAGACUGACGAAGAAAGAAAGGAGUUUGUUGCUUCUCUCCACAAGAGGAAAACAGAACUAUUUAUGGCCCUAAUUGAGAAGAAGUUGCUUCCUCUCCGUCCAGGUGUUCAAAGGUUAAUUGAUGAAGCUCUAGGAAAGGGGGUGAAAGUUGCAGUAUGCAGCACUUCCAAUGAGAAAGCUGUUUCAGCAAUAGUAUCAUGUUUACUAGGGCCUGAUCGAGCAGAAAAGAUUACCAUAUUCGCUGGGGAUGUUGUUCCUCGCAAAAAACCUGAUCCGGCAAUCUAUUUGCUAGCAGCAACUACGUUGGAAGUCGAUCCAUCUAGUUGUGUUGUUGUUGAAGACAGUAACAUAGGGCUUUCAGCGGCCAAAGCUGCUGGUAUGAAGUGUAUUGUAACAAAAAGCGGGUACACAUCAGAUGAGGACUUCGUGAUAGCGGAUGCCGUGUUCGAUUGCAUCGGUGACCCUCCGGAAGGACGCUUUGAUUUGGAGUUCUGCGCCAACCUCCUCCAGAAACAAUUCGUGAGCUGAGGCGCAUUCCCAAAUCGGCCAGUCUCCUGCAUGAUACUGUACAGAAGUUCACCCAGUGGUAACAAUCGGUUGUAAAAUGGUUUCGUAUAUAAAAGGAACACAAUUUUUCUGUAUGAAGAAACAAUAAAGCAUUCAACGGCACUUGCAAAA